CGAGGAGCUUAUCCGUGUGGCAGCACAUGGGGGAGAGCUCAGUAUGCACAAAGGUUCUAUAUGAGACGGUCACGGGGAAACAACCACUAUGUCUCGGCAAGUGCUGCGUGCUUGCCGAAUGGCGAAAACAUGCUCACAAGUCCACUCGAGCCGAACGGCGGCUAGGAAGGCAGGGACUCGCACUGGCGAUAAUGAGAUGAGAGCUACGGCGAUCUCGAAGGGUCUCAGUAGUCCUUCAAUCGAACUGACGAUCCAAUGGCGUAACUCUUUGCCGUCCGUACUGUCGGAAAACAUGACUCUGUCAGAUUGCUGAUCUCGCAACGGUUCUGCCCAAGCUGCAUAUGCUUUGCGUCUGUCGGCAGGUAUAUGAGUCUGGCCGAGACCCAUCCACCCCAUCCGUAUGUGCAUGUGUUGGCGACCAUGUCCGACGCCGACGGGUUUCCACAAUACCGUAGAGACAUACAGUACUCAGAUGACUCGAUCGCGAACACGUUGGAGCUUUGCAUACCGCGGCCUACAACACACGACCCGAAGCAGGUAUGGGUGGUCUUCAUCCACGGUGGUGCAUGGCGAGAUCCGGAGAUAGACUCGUCGUCAUUUCGCAAGGCACAGGAACUCCUCCUACGAUCGCCGGUGGCGGAGAGCAUCGCAGGCCUGGCAUCGAUCAACUACCGGCUCUCGCCUUACCCUUCACAUCCACAGAGCCCGUCCAACCCAUCGGAUCCGGCUAGGAACGCGAGACAUCCGGACCACAUCAACGACAUCCUUGCAGCGCUCCUUCACCUUCAGGAGACUUUCCGCUUUGAUGAUCGAUACGUGCUAGUGGGCCAUUCCUGCGGAGCGACGUUGGCAUUGCAAGUAGCGAUGAAGCGAUACUGGGGUGCUCAGUAUGAGUCGACGUUUGCACUCGAGCUCAAUGUCGUUCCACCCGUAGCAAUCCUUGGAGUCGAAGGCGUGUACGAUCUACCAGCGCUUGUCAGUGAUCACAGUGACCAACUGAUCUACCGGGACUUUGUCAAAAACGCGUUCGGAUCGGAUGAAGCAACAUGGGCUGCAGCCAGUCCCGCCAGGUAUGUCGACUUCGAAGACAGCUGGCCAGAUGGCAGGUUGGUCGUCCUGGCACAUUCACUCGAGGACGAGCUCGUAGAGUUUGAGCAACCGGACCUUCAACGCCACCUUUUGGAGCGGCAAGGGUGGUCUACCGAGCCAGGGGACCGACAACUUCGAGUGGUUGACCUCCACGGCACGCAUGAUGGAGUCUGGCAGGACGGCACAGAGUUGGCUCGCGCGAUCGAGACGACGGUGCAGUCUGUGCAGACUAUGCUCUAGAGAUUCUGCUUUGAAUGAUACCCACAGAGUCUACAUGGCCACGUAUUCCUCAAUGGAGUGCAUCAAGCAAUCCUCAACGCGCUGCCACAAGGACUCAGUCUCAUGAAGCAAGCGCGCCGAGCAACAUGCUUGCCACGACCACCAUGGCAGCCGUUACCGCUAUCUGCGGAACAUCAGCCGCAAAGUCGCUCGCUGCCCCAGUGUAAGGUGUAAUCGUCGCUGUCGGGGCGGUAAAAGUCACGUUCGUCCCGUUGGUGGAAGAGUUGCUGCCCAAAAUCGGUACAGUGAUGUUGAAUUGAGCGCAGACUUGGCCGAAAAGAUGCUAGCACUCGGGUUGACGCAAGUCCGAUCCGCGCACUGUGUUAUGUUCGACAGGAUGCCAUUCUGGCGCACGCAGUGACAGUA